AUGGACUCAUUAAUCUUUGAUAAACUUUUAGUCAUUGAAGAGGAUAAAAUAGAAGAAGAUUUCUUUUGUAAUAUUUGUAAUAAUAUUAUGUUUAAAAAUUAUCAAUGUACAAAUGGUCAUAUUUAUUGUGUAUCAUGUACAGAAGCAAUUAAAAGUAAAAAUACUGGUUGUCCAGAAUGUAGAAUCGAUUUAGGUAGUAUUUCAGUAAAUAGAUAUUUAGAAAGACAAAUUAAUAAAUUAAAGAUCUUUUGCCCAAAUAAGUUUUAUAAUACAAAAGAUUACAUUGCAGACGAGGAAUUUGGAUGUAGAUUCGAAUGUUCUAUAGAUGAAUUAGAGACACACAUAAAGAAUUGCGAAUUUUCAUUUAUCAAAUGUCCAAUAAAUGAAGAGUGCGAAUUAGUUAGAAAGAAUUUACUUGAUGAGCACAUUAAAGAGUGCGACUCCAAAAGAAUAGAAUGUGAAUUAUGUAAAGCAAGUAUUUUAAGAGUAAAUUUAAAGAAGCAUUAUCAAACUGAUUGUCUUCAAUACACGGUAACAUGUAGAUGUGGUUCAAAAGUUAAAAGAGAAUUUUUACCAAUACAUUAUGCAAAUGAAUGUGCUAAUGAAAUGGUAGAUUGUAUUUAUGGUAAACUAAAUGGAGGCUGUAAAGGAAAGGUUCAAAGAUCGGAAAUGGAUAAGCACUUAUUAUCAUCUGCUCAUCACCAAACAAUAGUUAACUCUUUUGUUUCGCUUAGAGAAGAAUUAGAACUAGAAAAAAAGAAACUAAAUCUUUGCCAUACAAAGUUCCAAGGUCAAUGGAAAAUAGAAAAUUGGAAUAAUAAAUUCUGUGUCCAACCAAAAGGUUAUGUUUUAAGAUUAAACUUUUCAAUUGGUAACCGUCCACUUUGUCUUCAAUUAUAUCCAAAUGGUCAAACCAAUGAUAAUAAAAAUAGCUCUUUAUAUUUGUAUAAUUAUUAUGACCUUCCAAUUUCAUGCAACUUUACAUUUGAGGUAGUUGCUGGGAAAGAUGGUAUUAAAAAAGAGACAGUUAAUAGCUAUAUACUUACAAAGAAUGGAAAGGGAUGGGAAGAUUUCAUUUCAGCAGCAAAGAAAGAAUCAUUUGGCCACACCCUUAUUAUCAAUUUUAAAGUAAAGAUUACCUCGCUUGUUCAUCAAUAUUUUAAUAAAUAA